GUGGUCUUCCUUGUCAGUCGCUCUUUCGCUUUUAAUCCACUUUACAAGCACAACCUUAGCAAGACGCUGCUCGAGAGCUUCUCGGGCGUCUUCUGGACCAGUCACUUUCCUUCCGUGGCUGCCCAUUUCGCGGGCGCACGCCUAGCUCAGCAAGAUGGACUUGAGCAACGUGCCGUCCGCCUUCCCCCCAGCCCAGGAAGCCGUCGAUUCCAACGCCAUGGAUGUUGACGCGCCGGCUGAGCCCUCCAACGCUGUUGCAAAUGACGGCAAUGCAGAUGCCAGCGGCUCGCAGGCGAAUGGCACUGGGUCCCCGUUGCAGCGCCUGCAUUUGUCACGGCCGACACCACCGCUCGUAAAUGUGGCCAACCCCAACCUCACCCUCUUCUUUGAAGAUCCCGACAACGACAGCGACAGUGUUGUCGAGAAGGGGCGUAUGGUGCGCACUGGCUACAUCUUCGACCCCCUCAUGAUGCUCCACUGCGCCGACGGGUAUACACCGACGGACGACAUUCACGACUUGGGCGACGGUCAUCCGGAGGAGCCGAUGCGUAUCAAGCGUAUCUUCAACCGUCUCAAGCAGCAGGGACUGAUUCGACGGAUGAAGCGGCUAGACUUUGUGGAAGCACAGCGCGAGCAAAUCCGCCUCGUUCACUCUGAUGAUCACUGGAUGAAAGUGCAGGGGACUGAGACAUUCACGGAUGAAUAUAUCCAGGAGACGAAGAGUUACUACGAUCAUUUGUCGCUCUACGUGUGUCGAGAAACAGGUCAUUGCGCGCGCCUCUCGUGUGGUGGUGUCAUUCAGGCUUGCCGCUCAGUCUGCGAGGGUGAGGUGCGGAACGCCUUCGCCAUUGUGCGCCCGCCGGGCCACCACGCUGAACCGACGGAGCACAUGGGCUUCUGUUUCUUCAACAAUGUUGCCGUCGCGACGCGCGAAGUGCAGCGUCAGGGCUUGGCGAGGAAGGUCCUCAUUCUCGACUGGGACGUACACCAUGGCAACGGCACGCAGCGCGCAUUUUGGGACGACCCGGAUGUCCUGUACAUCUCCAUUCACCGUCACGAUGGUGGCAGGUUCUACCCCUCCAGCGACUUCGGAGCGCUUGACAUGGUUGGCGAAGGCGCGGGCGAGGGCAAGUCCGUCAACAUUCCCUGGCCUGGCCCAGGCUUUGGCGAUGGUGACUACAUUUACGCCUUCCAGAAAAUUGUGAUGCCUAUCGCGUAUGAGUUUGCGCCAGACCUUGUAAUCAUUUCUGCCGGGUUCGAUGCGGCAGACGGGGAUCAGCUGGGCUGCUGUAACGUCACGCCCGCUGGGUACGGCCACAUGACUCACAUGCUGUGCGCACUCGCCGGAGGGAAGGUCGUCGUCGCUUUGGAAGGAGGGUAUAAUCUUCGUGCCAUCUCUGACUCCUCUUUAGCCGUCGCCCAGGUUUUACUCGGCGAGACUCCUGCGGAGAUCGGUGUCGUGCAGGCAUCCGAGCUGGCCACUGAGGUCAUGUACGAGGUUGCCAAAGUUCAGUCAAAAUACUGGAAAAACAUCAACGCGGCAUCAUUGGCACCACCAGAAAUUGGCAAAGAGGAGGGCAACUUCGUAACAUCUGUACCCGACCUCCUCAAGCAGCAUCGGCUCCAGCACAUGUACACUAAGCACAAGCUAUUUCCUAUCCCGCUUGCCAACACGGACCUCGACGACGCGUUUAGCAACCAAGUCCUUGUCAAUAUGGAGUUGUACGAUUCCGAGCCCCGCACUCUGGUCAUCUUCGCGCACGACUUCGGCAAUUUGCGAGUGGAGACGGAAGGCGUGGCAUCGAUCGAUGUCAAUCUUGCCAACAGCUACCUGCUCGACACGUCGGACGUGAUUGUGGACUGGGUACGCGGCAAGGGGUGGAAUAUUCUCGACAUCAACGUGCUGCGCACUCUUCGGCUGCAGUUCGCAAAAGGACCUCGUAUGGUGUCGAACAGCGGGGACAAGAUGGAUGGCCAGCUAAUGCGCUACCUGUGGGAUAACUACGUGGAAUUGUCGGAGGCCCAGAACAUUGUGCUCAUCGGGCAUGGCACAGCGUGCGGGGCAAUCAUGGAACUCGUCAAUCACAGGGAUGUGCAGUCGAAGGUCAAGGCAAUCGUGCAGGUCGCUGGCAUGCACUCGAUUGUGCGCCCAGAUCCGACAAACGAGGGUCGUCGCGUGUGGUUUAGAGACGUUUGUCAAAUCUACUUGCCGCACAUCCACCCACUGCUUGGGGAAGAGCGCCUGCACCGACGUAUCGGUGGACAGUUGAGGACAGUGCGAAAAUCCAAGGUCGUCGAAGUCUUGGUCUCAGCGCUACCUGAGAUCAUGGAGUUUGUGGAGAGCAAGCUGGGUGCGUCUGAGGCGAAUGGGCUUGCGCCAAAAUUGGACGCGUAGAUAGACAGGGGCAUGUUGUAUGGGAUGCAUCUGGCAGAGGCGUUUUGCGCAAGAA